AUGAGUUCUUAUUAUGUGGAUGGUCUUCUUAGCAAAUAUACGGCGGGUAGUUCUCUCUUCCCAAACGUAGAGCGGGCGUCUUGCAGUAUUGGACCCGGUGGAGAGGACUAUGCCUCGGCUCGGACUGCUGCGGCCAUUGCGUUUUCACCAUCUCUGUCUGGAGUUUACAGCGUCAAUAAUGCCGUGUACCAGAGCCGCCCCGUGUUUACCUCGGGGUAUGGCCAGGCGCAGGACACACAUGCACUGCACUGCAGCCUGUUUGACCAGAGCCGACUGUUCACCGACAGCUGCUGCCCUCCGGAGCCGGGACCCCUCACCUUGCCGCCGGACAAACAAUACCGGAUGUACCCCUGGAUGAGAGCAUCAGAUCCAAAUCGAAAGCGGGGGCGGCAGACCUACUCCCGGUACCAGACCCUGGAGCUGGAGAAGGAGUUCCACUUCAACCGGUACCUGACCCGCAGGAGGAGGAUCGAGAUCGCCCAUGCCCUCUGUCUCUCGGAGAGACAGAUCAAAAUAUGGUUUCAGAACCGCAGGAUGAAGUGGAAAAAAGACCACAAGGGGGAAUCGAAGUCGACCCCCGGGGAAAAGGACGGUGAUAUCCAGGUGGUUUCAGAGGCCAGAGAGCAGGAAGCCGGAGACACGCGGAGCUCCGAGUUGGAGUCAGAAACAGCUGCAAAGUAACGAAAGACACUGACAGAGCAUUUAAUGAAACACACUGCUUAGGGAUUAGGGAUUCAUCUCAGAUGUUUCUCACGUACCAUUCAUGCACUAAG